GCUCAUCAAGACUAGCUUAGCAGGUUUAAGAAUUGCAAUUCUUCAUCCUGAGCGAGAAGCUCAACUUCAAUCAUAGAGAAGGAAAAUGGUGGUCUGUUGUGCUGUUUCCCCGAGUCGAAAGGGCCGUAUGGAUGACCGCGAAGGCGAGCAAGCUGCUGCGCCAGCCGCAAAAGUGGAAACGGGUGCAGCCUCUGGAGAGUGGAUUGCCAAAAUGGAAGACACGAAAUACAACCAAGCCCACCUCGUGGCGGAAGGAGUUGAUGCAGCCAAAUUGGCAACACAGCUCGCUUCCCUUGACCAAGGUGCUGAUUUUUUCAUCAAUUAGCACGUGCUCUUGACUAGUUAGUAGAAGUACCAGAUGAACCAGACCCCGUAUCUAUCGUGUAAGAAUGUCCGUCACUUGUUGUUGUACCUUCGACGACCAGGUAUACCCGGCGGCUUGCUCGGGUAUAUUGAACGGUCUAAGAAGUUGCUGCACGACGUGAAAAACGAUGUGAAUCCAUUGGAGGACUACACAGUUUCCUUUGCGGAAGGCGUAGAUCUGUGUGGUGCAGCAGGUCCCGGUAGUGUUGGCUUUGAAGAGUAUGAAAAAAUCGGGAUGGAGAAACUAGGUAAAUUGGGUUUUGUCCUAGUUGCAGGUGGCCUCGGCGAACGACUUGGUUAUCCGGGUAUCAAGGUGGAAAUUCCAACAGAAAUGACGACUAAACUGUGCUUUCUGGAGCUCUACGUUAAAUACGUCCUGGCGGCGCAAGAAUACGCUAACAAGGGCAAGGCGGUACGUGCUCAUCCUUUGAAUUCUUGUUUUGUAAAGCUGUUGCACUUGCAGUUAGUUGUCGUCAUAGUGCGAAGAUCAGAUGAACAAUCCGUCAAAUUUACAGAAAUUGUCAUCUGUAUAGCUUGUUUGAUCUGGCAUGGAAGAUAGCAACGUCUUUGAGGACCAACAUGUACAGUAACAAUCAACGGGAGACCCAAGAUUUCUUUCGUUCUCGAUCAAAACACAAACACUUAAAAAAGGAUGGCGAAAAGGUGACGCUUCCAUUGUGCAUUAUGACAUCGGGAGACACGCACGCGAAAACGAUGGCAUUGCUGGAAAAGAACAAGAAUUUUGGCCUUGACGAAAAGCAGCUUUUCAUCAUGCAGCAGGACAAAGUUCCAGCCUUCAGCGGAGAAAAUUGCGAAUUUGUCCUCAACGAAGCAAAAGACGGCAUCGAAACCAAACCACACGGACACGGUACAAGAAUAACUACGAUCUCGCACUGGCAAAGCGAUAGUAACAAAAAACAUGCGAGCCCCUAGCUCUACCUCUAGUACUAGGUACAACGUCUCACCACGUCCUUCUACUUAUGCUACUUUCUGUGCUCCGUACCUUGAACCACAACCAGCGUUCUGAUUUAAUCUUCAGGUGAUGUGCACACGCUGAUGCAUAUGAAGGGCAUUGCGAAGAAAUGGCUCACUGAGAUGAAGCUCGAAUAUCUCAUGUUCUUUCAAGACACAAACCCGCUUGCUUUUCGUGCCAUGGCUUCCUGCUUGGGAGUGUCCGUAUCCUUGCUUUUUACGAUCUUCCUUCCUUGAUAAGGACACGUGGUCCGCCGGCUUUACAACAAGCUGGCUCUACUUAUACUACAUAGGAUGUCUCUCAUACCGAUUUCGAUUCAGAAUCAUGAUUAUGAAGUCGCUUGGUGAGUACAGUUGCAUGAAAUGCCCUGCUCUCCAUCGUGAUACAGGUGAAGCAUGAUUUUGCUAUGAAUUCCCUCGCCGUGCCGAGAAAAGCCGGAGAGGCUGCUGGCGCAAUCGUGCAACUAGUCAGGAAAGCGGACGCGCCGGCUGGCGACCUACCUGAGAAACUUGUCAUCAAUGUCGAAUACAAUCUUCUUGGUAUUCUUACUAGUACCAGCUAAACAAGAACACAAACACUUCGAGGGUGAUUCAUCACGAAAAGUGCGUUUCUCUUUCUUGUCUCUUCGAGAAAAAUAGUCGAUGGCUUUUAUUUAUAGUACUGUGAUGGAAGUUGGAGUACAUUUUCCGCUUUCGGUUGAUAAUUAUACAUUUAUUAUAUUGAAACAUCACGGGUCCUCCAGCUAAGUAAUCCGAAUCCCUCAUACCAACUUCCUCUUCGUUUUAAUUUAAGUUUUUAGUGCAUGGGUUAGUCUACAGUGGUUAAAGUUGUAGACUCUACAUUACGACCUACAAUCUAGGCCUCAUAGUUCCGUGAUUGAUAGAAGUACUUACGCGACUUUUAUCUACAUCAAGGUGGCCUGCUUGCAUCGCAGGGCGGCGACUGCGCUGUGAACGAUGCGAAUGAUAGCGCUUAUCCAGGCAACACAAAUAUUUUGAUGUUCAACUUGGAGAAGUAUGUUGCGUCGCUGGAUCGGUCGCAGGGUGUGAUGCCAGAAUUCGUGAACCCGAAGUUCCAGGACGCAGAAAAGACGAAAUUCAAGCCAACACGCCUGGAGUGUCUGAUGCAAGAUUUUCCCAGGCUUUUCGAAGACGGCGUCAAAGUUGGCUUUACCAAGUUCGACCGAUGGCUGUGCUUCACAUGCGUGAAAAACAACCUCGAGGACGCGAAGAAGAAAUCCGCAGCACUGCAACCCGCAGACUGCUGCUUCAGCUGCGAAAGCGACAUGUACUACUGUGCAAACCGCUUACUGCUUCUCUCAGGGAAGGAUCCCGCGGAGGGUGAAGCGAACAGCGUUGUUAUGAAAUGGUCUUAGUUAUAAACUUACACUUUUUUCAGAAAAUGAAAACCCUAACUGAAGACCUUUGUUUUUGAAGUUGUUGCACUAGUAGAAAUGAACUGAACUCAACGACCUACUAACUAAGAAUAUCAAGAUUACAACCAAGGUGUCAAGGAGUUAGUUCCAUUACAUCCCCUACCUCUACCUCUUGUUCUAAUCUGUAGAGUGUCGAGGCAGAACUAGCUGCGAUCUCAGAGCAGACUGAAUUUUUAGGCAUUUCGAAGCAGCUGGCACCACAGGUCGUGCUGCUACCGAGUUUCGCAUUAAGUCUGGCGCAGCUCCGGGGGAAGGUCACGGGCAAGGGCGUCAAAGUCGCUAAAGGCUCAACAAUGGUACUCGAGGGCAGUGGUUUGGUGCUGAACGGGUUCUCACUGGACGGCGCCGUUUCACUAGCUGGCGAGUCGUCACUCGCUGCCGACCUCGAGGUGAAGAACGCAGGAGCAAAGCUUCAGGCGUUGGAAAAAGAAGCAGACACGGACUUCCUCAAAAUUCGCGGUUACGACAUGGCAGUCUCGGAAAUGUGGGAUCUUCCUACAUUGCUCGAAAAAACUGCCUAAAUUCCUUUAGCAAGAGCUUUAGGCGCGCAUAGAACUCGCUAUCAGCCUUAAAUAGAAGUUGAUCUCAAGGACGUCGUUGCACGAGAUGCUCUACUUGCAACUACUCUGGUAGUUCUAGUAUACUCCCAGUCCUACAACGCAUAUAAACCAGUGUUUUCAGUCUUCAUGACAUCACAAUCUUCGUAGUUAGUUUUCUUCAUGAUCAUACAUGGCAUGUGACUCUCGCUGACGAUCCAUUAUUUGCUGUUAUUUUUGUCCACUUAAAUUUUCAUUUCAUUAUCGAACAUACCAAGGACUUAGAAUCAGCAGCACAUACAGGAUAGACAAUAUGAAUUCGGGAGAUUAAUCUUCCAUUUUCAGCGGUGUUUUCUGCUUUCCGCAGACCCGCUCAUGAAGCCAAUGGGCCUCAAAUAUCCUAAUUCAGAUUGGCCUUGUCCGACCUCUGCGGGGAGGAGAGGUGGUACGCCUACGACUGCAGCUGCAAGAACUGAUAAAAAAAAACGCAAUCACACCCUCUCUUGCAACACGUCAUACAUAUUUACGCUAAAUCUGGAUGGCAGUUCUAUAUUCUGCAUCAUUUUGCUUUUCUAUGUUUUCGCUUGCCCUUGCGUGUCACUGCCUAAAAUGCUCGCUUAACACGUAGUACAUGAUGAACACCACGUUUCUUACUCUUAUUCGUUCUGGAAUUUUUAUAAUUAGAACCACUUCGCAUUGAUUCGCAGUGAAACUUUCGCCAUGGUGAAAGGCACCGUCUUGUUGAACAAGAUGAGUACGUAAUCAAUUUCUUCUCGUUCUACGAGACUCUAUAAUCACUAUCUUCUACUAGCUACAGGUAGGGGAUUUUUACCUCUCAUGCAGCAGCAAACCAAGUAAUUCCCAGCAGGUAUAACGUGUAGAGCAGAAUGGAAACGCGAUCUGUCCGUCAUCGAGGAUAGACUAAACGUUGCGCGCCUCUGGUUCGUUGUUGAGACAGACUUUCCCAGGAAAUACCAGACCCACGAAGAACAAGAAAAGUUUUGCAGCUUUUAUGAGACUCUAG